AUGUUGUCAUGCCCGUACUGCGGAAGAAUUUUGCAACGAAAGCAAGGCUUGCAGAAGCAUGUUUACAGGAAACAUCGCGAACGAAACGAUGUCGAGAAAAAAGUUGAGAUGGGGUCCUCGUUGGUGAAUACCCUGAACAAAAAUUAUGUCUGCCCGUACUGCACCCUGGAUGCCGAAAGCAUAAUCCUUUUGCAGUUGCAUGUAUACAGGGAGCACCGCGAACAGAAUAAAGAAGAGAAAAGGGUGAAAAUAACAUCACCGAUUUAUAGUUGCCGUAAUUGCGAUUAUACGGCUCUCGCGAAAAGUUUGGUCGACGAUCAUGCCCAAGCCUGCAAACAAAUGAACUCGUCAAGUAAGCAUGUCGAAACAGACUCUUCAGAUGAAGGUAAAUCCAUGACGGUGUCAACUCACAACUGCGAUUACUGUUCAUACACUGCAACCACAAGAAGGAACCUUCAGUCACACCUAAAAUCUCACGAAAUUCCUAAAAUACACUGCCCGUAUUGUCAGUAUGCAUCAAAAUUCGCUACAACCUUACAAAAGCAUAUCUAUUUAAAACACAAAGAAGUAAACGAAGCAGAAAAUAGGGUUCAAAUAAACAUCAAGGUUUACAAAUGCGACUUCUGCGAGAACACCAAUGUUUAUCGUAGAAACUUUUUGAACCAUGGCGAGAAAUGCGAAAAUAAGAUGAGGAGUUGUCAGAACUCAAUAUUCACCUGUAGUCUAUGUUCAUUUGUAACUACUAUUAAGCUUAAAUUUGACAAACAUAUGAAGAAACACACCUCUAUUCUUAAAUGUCUUUAUUGUGAAUUUACGACACAUUCGAAACAAACAUUACAAAGGCACAUUUCUACCAAUCACAAGAAGCAACAUGAAGAACACAAGAACGAUUUUAAAUUAAUUUUGCAACAAAAGCAAGGCUUGCAGAAGCAUGUUUACAGGAAACAUCGCGAACGAAACGAUGUCGAGAAAAAAGUUGAGAUGGGGUCAUCGUUGGUGAAUACCCUGAACAAAAAUUAUUUCUGCCCGUACUGCACCCUGGAAGCCAAAAGCAUAAUCCUUUUGCAGUUGCAUGUAUACAGGGAGCACCGCGAACAGAACAAAGCAGAGAAAAGAGUGAAAAUAACAUCACCGAUUUAUAGUUGCCGUAGUUGCGAUUAUACGGCUCUCGCGAAAAGUUUGGUCGACCAUCAUGCACAAGCUUGCAAGCAAAUGACCUCGCCAAGUAAGCAUGUCGAAACAGACUCUUCAGAUGAAGGUAAAUCCAUGACGGUGUCCACUCACAACUGCGAUCACUGUUCGUACACUGCAACCACAAGAAGGAACCUUCAGUCGCACCUAAAAUCUCACGGAAUUCCCAACAUACCCUGCCCGUAUUGUCGGUAUGCAUCAAAAUUCGCUACAACCUUGCAAAAGCAUAUCUAUUUAAAACACAAAGAAGAAAACGAAGCUGAAAAUAAGGUUCAAAUAAACAUCAAGGUUUACAAAUGCGACUUCUGUGAGUACACCAAUGUUUAUCGUAGAAACUUUUUGAAUCAUGGCGAGAAAUGCGAAAAUAAGAUGAGGAGUUGUCAGAACUCAAUAUUCACCUGUAGUCUAUGUUCAUUUGUAACUACUAUUAAGCUUAAAUUUGACAAACAUAUGAAGAAACACACCUCUAUUCUUAAAUGUCUUUAUUGUGAAUAUACGACACAUUCAAAACAAACAUUACAAAGGCACAUUUCUACCAAUCACAAGAAGCAACAUGAAGAAAACAAGAACGAUUUAAAAUUUGAAUCUUCAACUAAAUGCAGAUACAACAGAUGUGGUUUCGUGGGACGGGAGUACGAAGUUACCAAGCACAUUAUGGAAAAACACGAAAGUAAAAAGAAAACGAAAAUCCAAAAACCAAAAACAAAACCGAUAUUACCGUGUCCGUACUGCACUUAUCGGCCGCAUAGAAGAAUCGAUUUGGAGAGACACGUUUACAGAAUGCACCGUGAACAAAACGAUGUCGAGGAAAAAGUGGCGAUUUUGUCCUACAAGGAGAAGAAAUAUCCGGUGAAGAUAGUAGUGUUGACGUGCCCGUACUGCAAGGAAAAAAUAAAACAAGACCGAGGCUUGCAGAAGCACGUUCACAGGAAGCAUCGAGAGCAGAACGAGGUCGAGAAGAAAGUGAAGAUGACGCGGAAGAUGAAAAUUGAUAACAAAAAAAUCGCGUGUCCUUACUGCGACUUGGAACCGAAACGGAAGUUCCUCCUGCAUUUGCACGUUUACAGGCACCACCUUGACCAGAACAAAGUCGAGAAAAAAGUUAAAAUUACGACGGUCAUUCAUAGUUGCGAUAACUGCGAGUUUUCGACGACGACCAAGAGAUUUCUGGACGAUCAUAUCCAAAUCUGCAAAAAAAUUAAAGCGCCAACUUUGAGCUGUCAGUAUUGCUCGUUCACGACAACAUUUAAUUAUAAAAUGUACGCUCAUGUGAAAGCACAUUCCUCCACUGUUAAAUGUGCGUAUUGUGAGUACACAACAGUGUCGCAAAAACUUGUGCAAAUCCAUGUGUUUAAUAAUCACAAGAGACAAAAUGACUUGGAAAAGAAAGUUAACAUAACAAUACCACAGUUUCAUUGUAGUUACUGUGAUUUUUCUACUGUUAAUGAGAAAACUUUUCCGAAACACAUCUUUAGCAAACAUAAAGGAAAGCACGAGAAAGAAAACGAAAUUUCAGAUCAAAUAAAAACAUAUUCCUGUGAAUUUUUUGAAUACACCACUAUUUCAACGAAACAAACCGCUAAAAACCUAUCUUAAAUGCGCCUGACGUCGAUUUCGUCUCAUGUCGUGUCGGUCGGUUUUUCUAUGCUAAAUCUCCAUCCCAAAGGCUACCUUCAAAAAUCAUUUUAUAAUUGUAAUUUUAGGGCCAGCGCACUGAUUAAGGAACUUUUGUAAAUAUAACGUUUACUUAAUUGAAAUUAUUUUGGUCCAGAUUAGACAGGAUGAAAUUUUAAGGACAGAUGGAUCUUGUUCUUUAAGCAUUGGGUGACAUUUUACGUACAAAAACAUGUUUUAAUGCAAAAUCUUUAUCUUUUGUAAUAAUAAAUGAAUAUAAUAUAUAUU